AAAUGCAAAUUCUCAGGAGACUCGGGUUCGACGUACAUGUUCAAUUACCUUAUGGAUUAAUGGUAAAUUACCUAAAGGUCUUGGAAUUGACCGAACAUGAAGUUAUUCCACAGAAGGCUUGGGGUUACUUAAACGAUGCCGUGUGCUGUAAUUUGGCUUGCUGUGCGUUUUUCUCAGGUCAAAUUACCAACCUCUCCGCCAUGUUUUUCCUUGACAUAUAUCUACAUAUGGAAAAUAUAGCGCGUCAUCUUAUGAGGUUGUAUGCGUUCAAAUUGCCGUCCAACCUACCCCUUACCCUUGAAGAAUUGGAAACGUACAUGGAUUUGCAAAAAACCAUUGAUUCAAAAUCGAAGCCAGUUGUCGACUCGAACCUUGAUGAUUCAGCAAAGGGAUGA